ACCUUCUUCCAUUCGCCUCACUGGAACAUCCGGGCACUGGAGCCUCGCUUUCAGUCGGUGACGUCACGGCUAUUUAAAGCUCGCUCGGUCUUUGUCCGCGGUCAUUUUCUUUGACGAGCAACGUGUGGAAGCGGCGUGCAGCGGUUAUAAAAUGUUUGAAGCCGAUCGCCCCGGUAAACUCUUCAUUGGUGGUCUGAACACCGAGACCACAGAAAAGGCUCUGGAAGGAGUUUUUGGGAAAUAUGGCCGCAUCGUUGAAGUUCUUCUAAUGAAAGAUCGUGAAACCAACAAGUCCAGAGGUUUUGCCUUUGUUACAUUUGAGAGUCCGGCAGAUGCCAAGGAUGCAGCUAGGGAGCUGAAUGGAAAGGCUUUAGAUGGAAAGCCAAUAAAAGUUGAGCAAGCAAUCAAGCCCACCUUUGGAGCAGACAGCAGAAGAGGACCACCUCCACCUAAAAGCAGAGGCCCACCCAGAGGUCUUAGAGGAUCAAGAGGUGGCUCAUCAAGGGGGCAGAUGCCUCUAAAACGAGGCCCACCACCCAGAAGUGGAGGACCACCACCAAAAAGAUCAGCACCAUCAGGUCCGGUUCGCAGUAGUAGCAUGGGUGGAAGAGCUCCACUAUCACGUGAAAGGGAUGGGUAUGGAGGACCUCCUCGCAGAGACUCAAUGCCAUCUCGUAGAGAUGUAUACUUGUCACCAAGAGAUGAUGGCUACAGUGGAAAAGACCGAUAUGACAGUUACUCUGGCAGAGAUUAUGGAAGUUCAAGGGACUCCAGAGACUAUGCACCACCUCCAAGAGACUAUGCAUAUCGGGAUUAUGGCCACUCAAGUUCCCGUGAUGACUAUGGCUCCAGGGGAUAUGGUGACCGUGAUGGAUAUGGUGGUCGUGAUAGAGACUAUUCUGAUCAUCCUAGUGGCAGCUCAUACAGGGACUCGUAUGAGCCUUACGGUAACUCACGUAGUGCCCCACCUGCAAGAGGGCCCCCUCCAUCAUAUGGUGGAAGCAGUCGCUAUGAUGAUUACAGCAGCAACCGAGAUGGCUAUGGAGGCAGAGACAGUUACUCAAGCAGCAGAAAUGAUAUCUACUCAAGUGGACGUGACAGAGUUGGCAGACAGGAACGAGGCUUGCCACCAUCAAUGGAUAGAGGCUAUCCACCUCCACGUGAUUCAUACAGCAGCUCAAGUCGGGGUGUCCCCCGUGGUGGUGGCCGUGGAGGAAGCCGAUCUGACAGAGGAGGUGGCAGAAGCAGAUACUAAAGUUAAAAACCAUAAUACAUGGACCAAAGACUUAUAUUACACGACAAUGUGGCAUAUGCUCUGCCUCUACCACCAGCGGACUACUGUAAAGAAGUUUGUUCUGUUUUUUCCAUUUUUUUAAUUUCUUUACUUUUUUUAACCUGUAAGUUUUUUCCCUCCUCCCGUGAAUCUUGUGUUCAUUUGAGGAAGUUGAAAUGCUUAACCUUAUUUUGUUAGCUUUUCUCUGAAAUGUACAAUGUGUAGUGUAAGUUGUGUAUUAGUGUUGUAAAUUUUUCAAAAAGUAAAGUUUCAGUGAAACGCCA